GUCAGUCUACGAGAAGGAAGAAAUCUCAUUGAAAAGUGAGUUAUUAUCACACUUUUACACAUCAUGUUUAUAAAUAUAUAAUAUCAUGUAAUGAUGCUUAAUUUGUUUUAUUUGCCACAUCAAAUUUGAUAUAUUUAAAGCAUAAAUAGGCUAACUUUGUAUAUGAAUAAUAACAAAAUCAUGAAUGUGACCUACCCUAUUCUUUUAGUAAAGUUUUAGCUAUAAUCGAAAAUGUCACGAGUCGAUUUAAUUUUGCAUGUGAUGACUGUGUUUCUUGCAGCGCGUAUGCGUCAAAGACAUAUAUUAUAAUUGCAUUUAAUAUUAUUGAGGAUAAUAUACUGAAAAAAUCACGGCUAUUUUAUAUAUUCAGAGAUAUGAAUAUGUUUACUGAUUAUAUAUGAAUGCAGUAAAGACAUGCUUUAAUAAAAUUUAUGAUAGAAAUUUUAUUCAUUCCUGAAAAGGUUUGCAGGAAAGUACGAACACGCACGCCAGUUGUGCAUAAAUUUUUUCUGUGUGCGCUGCGAGCUAACAAUAAAAUCUCUAUAGCGGGGUUUAUAGCGCCUUUCGUCUUCUCAGAAUGACCUUCGUUCAGAAGGGCCUUGAAACUAAACCAUUCAGAGCGCUCUUGCUUAGCUGAUUUUUUAUGCCACCAUAGUGCUUGAAGCGUCUCAGCUAUAGCUCCCUUUACAAAAGAACAAAAAUAAAUUGGUCGUUAAAAUAAAAACACGCCCAACCCUCCUUUGGUGCAGGUAAAAGGCAAGGAAUGCGGGAGAUUUCUUCGUAUUGUUAAUGUGUCCAAAAUGCGGGAGUCUCCUGCCAAAUGGUGGGACUUGGUAUAGGUCUGUAAGAAAAUCGUUCUCUUUAAUUAAUAAGUGAACUAAUUUUAAAAACUAAAAUUAAACAUACUGGAUAGUUUACAUUUUACCUCGCAAGAAACCAGGGCAAGGAGCCUGGCAUGCAUGAACGUUGUGAAACAGACUAAAAUACGAUAAAAAUAUGUUGCUUUUCAAUUUAUUCCGCAUGAAUUUUUUUUAUAUUUAAUACUAAUUGUAAUCCAUGGGACAUUGUUUGUUUGAAAGGGGAGCAUGUUUUUAUAGAACUUGUGCUUGUUGGAAUAGUUGUUUCCAGAGAUUCCUCAAGUAAACACGCCCCCAGGAUUGAAUAUUUGGACGAAUUAAUCAUUAAAAUUCUUCACAUAUUUCAUAUCCCCGAUUUCAAUAAUAUUUUCUUCAUCUUUCCGUAUCGGGUGAUAUAACUCAGUUUCUGGGUGCACAAUAGCUACCAAACAUAAGAAUAACAAUAUUUGCAGAAAUCGAACACUCGCAGAGUGAUGGGAAAUGCCCAAGGCCAUGCACUGACAUGUUCAACAUUUGUUUGCUCUUGAAAUGUUGUUGCGGUUUCUUUUACACACUGCCCCUUUGGCCGUCCAGUCCGCUAUGGCUAUCAUGUAGCCAUGCAUGUAUAUAUAUAUAUAUAUAUAUAUAUAUAUAUAUAUAUAUAUAUAUAUAUAUAUAUAUAUAUAUAUAUAUAUAUAUAUAUAUAUAUAUAUAUAUAUAUAUAUAUAUAUAUAUAUAUAUAUAUAUAUAUAUAUAUAUAUAUAUAUAUAUAUAUAUAUAUAUAUAUAUAUAUAUAUGAUAAUACUGAGCUUGUCUGUAAUAUGACAUCCCCCCGAUACGGAAAGAUGAUGAUACUGAGCUUGUCUGUAAUAUGACAUCCCCCCGAACGAGUAAUCUGGAAAAGCGUGGGUUUUCUGGGGAAUUUCUUCGGUGUUUUCUCUAUAUAUAUUAGGUUCUCUGGUUUCAUCCCACGAGAAACUGUUGACGUGUUACACGGGUUGGGUAAAAUUGUUGAGAAUUGGGAUAAAUAUUAUAACGUUUGAAUGUCUUUUAUGUAAAACAGUUUAAAAUAUUUGGCAAUAUUAAUUAAAGCUUUUGAAUUUCAAAGCAGGUCACCAAAUAUUUCGCCCAUUUUUGGUCAAUUGUCAAUUAUAGGCUACUGCACGUUUAUGAAAUAUAUGAUGUAGAAAAUUAUUCACCUUUUGAAAAUAUACUAUCAAUGACAAAGAUUGAAAAUUAAUUCUGGCAGUUAAUAUAAACAGGAAAGCAAAUAACAGGAACUCCUACGCUCUACAAGACAAAUAACCUGAAGAGCGAUUCAAAUAACCUGAAGGAGUGAAGAGCGACUUCCCGACAGGAAGCUCUCUUGAUAUGAACUGAAAUUACAAGCAUUCAAAAUGCAAGAAUUUUAGCAUUGAAAAUAGGAGAAUUAUGAGAAGCUUCUCUAAAAGCAAUAUCUUGAAACAUGCACAAUAAAUAUCUAUGCUUCACCAAAAGCAUGAGUAUCUUCACGCGCAAUAAAUAUCUUUGGACUUAGUUUAAAUGAAAUGUUAAUUGCUUGCCGCGCCGAAGGCAUAUUUCCACGUUGCUUCACCCAGAGUGAGUUGGUUCUUUUUAAUGUCAAAAUGAAAACUUGGCUCAUGCACGAAAGGCAUAUUUUACACUUCGCUUGACCAAAUGAAUUGUUACCUCACCAAAGGACUGAUCUUGCACUUCUCUUCAUCCACGCGCGAAUUUUUUGUUUUAAUAAUGACCAAAUGGGAUCUAGCUAAAUGGGAUCUUGCCUCGCCAAAACUAAGGCAUUUCAUUCCGUAUCGGGUGAUAUGAAACCAAACAAAAGAAUAACAAUAUUGCAGGAAUCGAACACUCACAGAGUAAAGGGCAAAUACCCAUGACCAUGGCUUGACAUUUUGGCUCAGAGAUUUUGUCGUCGUUUUUUUCAUACACCUGCAUUUGCCUUCGACCGCCAUCCGCUAUACCUAAACGAACCCCAGAAAAUUGUUUCUGUCAGUCAUUGACAUGCAGAACGGGUAAUCCGGAAAAGCGUAGGUUUUCUGGGAAAUUUCUUCGGUGUUCUCAAUACAGAUUCUCUAUAAGAAAUACAGUAUUUCAUUUAACAGUUUCUAAUUUUUUUUUCUUUGAGUUUUGUCCCAUGAGUACAAGACCUUGUGUUCUUACCCAACCAUUAUUCAUUAAUUCAAAGCAAUUAGAGCUGUCAUACUGUAUUACUACAAUACGUUAUAGCUAAUUUGAAUUUGAAAGGGUUCAGUUUUUCAGUUUUGAACACACUGUGUAAAGAGCACUAAAAAUCUACUUGUCUCUACCGAUGCAGUAUUUACAAAAUUAUUCAUUGACAUUGAUUGAAAAUAAUUGAAUUGGUUAGGUAAUUCUUGAUAGAUUUUGUUUAUGGAAUUUAGUACUAUACCAUCACAUCAGCUAAGGCUAAGCUAUAAAUUUACUAUCGUGUUUAUAGAAGAAACACGUUUAGUUUAAUUGUUAUUAUUAACGGUAGUCAUGCAGUAACACAUUUGCCAAAUUUGAACUUGGUUGCCUUCGCCUCAGCGUUUUGUUAUUUCAGUAUGGCUAUGUUGUAAACACUGAACACAUUAUCAUUGUAUUGACAAACAUGAUGGAAUUGAUCGAAUUUCAAAAUAUAAAAGAUGGUCUUAGUAUGUACAACGUAUCAUACCCAUAUGGCCAUAUCAAAGCCCACUUGAGAAACAUUUCGUUUUAUAAGUUGAGCAUUAUUCAAUAUAUUAAUUAGCCUAAAAUGUCUACGUAAUUUUGUCUCCUUAUAAUAUUGUAAUAAUAAAUAAAUAAAUCACAUUUUUCAACGCUCUUUUCAACUUGCAAUCGUUUUGUUUUUAGACAAAAAAUUUAUAUGGGGGGGCGAAUUUCCUAAAGGGGGCGAUAUUCCUAGGGUAUUGCCCCCUGGGGGCGAUAUUCCUAGGAUAUCGCCCCCCUUUUGAGAGGGGGGCGAAUCUCCCGGGGGAGGGGGGGGGCGAAAUUCCUGUGACACCGGCUCACCCAUAGAGAUUAUAAAUAACACUAGAGGAGGCAUCGAGUUUAAAAAUUGGGAACGCAGCUAAUGGGGGGCAAAUUCAAGUCCCGGAUAUAAAAUCGUGCUCUCAUUGGCUGAUUUGAAACCCGUCACCAAUGGGAACACGAAUACACAUCCGGGACUUGAAUUUGCCCCCCAAUAGUCGCGUUCCCUUUUUUUUACUGAAUUAAGAUUACAAUGCCUCCUCUAGUGUUAUUUAUAAUCUCUAUGGGCUCACCCCCGCGCACGUGUACUGAAUUGAAUAAUUAUAAAUUAUGCAAGAAGACUGAAUUGAAAUAAAUUAUGCAGAAGACGCCUGGGUGUCGCUCAUCCCGCGUUGAAUGAUGACCUUUGCGCCCUAUUUUUCAACCUGCAAGCGCCUGACUUGCAGGCUACACGAAAUAAAAUUGUGGGACUGUGGAAGAGGUCACCUCAUUCGCACUUAAUUAAUUUCGCGCGACUUUAAUUUCGCGAUUGUAAAAAAAACCACGAAAUUUACACACGCAAAAUAAAAUACCCUACUCCCUAGUCAAAAAUUCGAAUAAUAAUAUGCUUGAUAAAUCCGAUCAACAACAUAUACAGUUCAUAUAUCGACAUAAAUAACAAAUUAUUUAACAAUAGUCUCAGUAUUAAGCUGGACUUCAAUGAUUUGGUUUCUUGCACUUCACUUCACUUGGUGUGGUGGAAUUAAUAUUAGAAUGUUAGAGUAUACAUUUUAAGACCUGAUCAGGAACGACUGCGAAAAAUGCAGCACAAGGUCCUCUGGUAGGAAUUGAACCUACGGUCCCGCGAUUCCGGUGCGGCGCUCUAACCAACUGAGCUACAGAGGCCAGCUGUUGAGCUGUAACUGUAAGUUCAUGUAUAGGUAAUCGGGUGUGCGGGUUAUGAUAAGGUGGACGGGUUGUGAUAAGGUGGACUUCAAUGAUUUGGUUUCUUGCACUUCACUUGGUGGAAUUAAUAUUAGAAUGUUAGGGUUUGUAAUCCAAGUGAGUAUAUAUACAUUUUAAGACCUGACCAGGAACGACUGCGAAAAAUGCAGCACAAGGUCCUCUGGUAGGAUUUGAACCUACGGCCCUGCGAUUCGAAUUGAACCUACGGCCCUGCGAUAAUCGCAGGGCCGUAGGUUCAAUUCCUACCAGAGGACCUUGUGCUGCCUUUUUCGCAGUCGUUCCUGGUCAGGUCUUAAAAUGUAUAUAUUCUCACUUGGAUUACAAACCCUAAUAAUCAAUAUUAAGCUACAGUUUGCAUUUGUCUUGUUACCGGCAAUGAAGAUGAGUGAAAAUGAUGAAUAAGAACAUUGCGGUCUAGUAUACACACAGUAUAUACCUCAUGUUGACUUGUUUUGAAGUUUGUAGUUCAGAUUUUUAUACAAAAUAAAUUUAUGCGCCUUUUCUAUUUUCGUGUCCAUCAAAAUCGCGAAAAUAAAGUUGCCUCAAAAAAAUCGCGAAAUUAAGUACGCGCGAAGUUAAGUACGAAUAAGGUUUAUAUGACUGAGCUAGUAUAUCACCUCUUCUUCAUUCUGUAUAAAUGCAAGAUACACUAAAUAUUAAGGACUGUAAUCUGUAUUAACGUAGUUUUUCUCAAAAAAUUAAGGACUUUCGAGUACUCAAUAGUCAAUUCUACAAAAUAAAAAUAUAAAUAAACCUGUGUACCAAAUACAAAUUUGUGUUUAUAUUUAUAAAUAGUCCCUAUACUAUUGUUCUAUCACUUCUAUGCAAUAUUGAUUGCUAUAAAUUCUCGAUAUAUUAAAUAUGCUCAUAUUUUAUAUCCCUGGGAACGAAGCUGAUUUUAUAUAGGUGCAGAUAAAAAUUAAGAAAAAAGGACGCUAACCAAGUUACUUUUUUUACUUGACCUAAACUACAUGGCAAAAAAUACUUUAUUAAAAAUUUACCUUACUAUAAUAGUAAAUUUUAAAUUUUAAAAUUAACUACAUACUGGCAUUAUAUUAUCUACAAAAUCACACAACCGUCGAGUCUAACGUAAAUUAAACAUUUCUUGCCAGAUAUGUGGCUUCUAUUUGUCCUCAUCGUUCCGUGCUUGGCACAAACGGACCCAUCACCACAAGAGUGUUUCGAAGAUGCAAAGUACAUAACUUGCAGACCUGUACAUGGACGGCCAACUGCUUGUGACUGCACAAACAUAGUCCCUUGUUAUAUCAAGAUGAUUAUUACCAAGAACCAGAUUGAAUACCGCAAUAAAACACAGUACAACUAUCUUGUAAACGGUACAUUCCAAGGUCCAACAAUUAUAGCAGAAGAACGAGGAAUUUUAGUGGUUGACGUUUUUAAUAAAAUGGACGAAGAUACUUCUAUACAUUUUCAUGGAAUGCACCAACGCAAUGUUCCCUGGAUUGAUGGUGUGGGAAAUAUCACACAAUACCCCAUACCGGCCAAUGGGAAGUUCAGGUAAAUAGACCAGUAGUAGGAAAGAAACAAUUUUGGUUCACAAUUAGAACAUGAUACUAAAAGGGGCUGUUUAUAUGGUCCCGCGCUUACCCGGCCACCCGGGAUUCAAUGACGUGCGACGUAUUUUGAGCAAUUGAAAUAUGUGUUUCAGCCCUAAACAAAAGUUAGAUAACUUUAAAUAUUGUUUAAACGAAAUUAGGAAAGCGCUAGAAGUUAUGUAUUCAACACUAUUUGUUUUUUGUGUAAAACAUGGAAUUUCAUACAAUUUGUAACAAGCAAUUUUGUUAGAUCAUGAAGUGCGAUCUUCAAUUGCUCAAAAUACGUCACACUUCAUCGAAUCCCCGGGUAAGCGGGACCAUAUAAAUAGCCCCUAACUAACUUGCGUCAAAAAGGAACCCUUGGGGGGUCCGGGAGAAUUCUCCCAGGUAAAAUGUUGAAUAUCUAGGGUCUUUGGAACGGCAUUUCACGCAUUCUGAGGCGAAUUCUGAAGAAAAUCAUAACCAUGAAAAAAAAAAUUAAGUAGCAUAAUUUUGCAGAUCAACUAGAACAAAGUAAGGAAAACGUCUAUAUGUAUUAUAACAUAUUCAAUUCGCUGUUUAGCUUCAUGAUCCUCCUUGUUCAAGGGCUCGAAAGCUUAUGACCCUUCCCUGUUUUCUAACUUCCCUUCCCCUUGCUAAUUUCUGCCAAGUCUCUGCGGUAAAGUAAAGAUCUAGAUUUCUUUCUGUAGCACGUUUUUAUACACUUCACUGUGUGUCUGUGUGUUCAAAAAAAGUUUUCUCUGUGAGCAAUCUUAUGAUUGUUACUCAAGACCCAUUUUAUGAUUGUUGAUUAAUUAUGGUAACAGUGCUUGCUAUGAAGUUAAAAGAACAGAUGUUCCUGACAGGUGCAGCCAAACAUAUUUACAAUUACAAUUAUUAAUUACAGAUAUAUCUUCCGAGCAUUUCCUCAAGGCACACAUUGGUACCAUUCUCAUAUGAGAUAUCAAAGAGACAAAGGGUUAUUUGGUGCGUUAAUAAUACGCGAAUCACAGAGCGACAUUCAUGCCAGGUUGGGACCAUUUGAAGAUGAACCUGAAAAGAAAACCUUGGCUUUACUAGAACGUUUAGUGAAUGUUGAUCCGAGUGGCCAAAAUCCUGACCCAUUUUGUUUACCAGACGGAUCUGACCUACCCAUACAAUAUGACAGACUGUCAUUCUUCCUAAAUGGUAAAGAAAUUGCUAAAAACGUUCUAGGAGGUCGAGGCAAUGAGAGUCAUUCAGAAUUUUUCGUUGUUCCUGGGAAGAACUAUCGUUUUUGA